AUGAGACUUUUAUCUGUAUUAGUAUUUUUGAUUUCAGUUAUUUCCAUUGCAAAAGCCGAUUACCAAUAUGCUUUUUGUAAAUUCAAUGAAUUAUCAAUUGGUGGUGUUGAAGGUAUUGCUCAUCUUUUAAGUACUGAUGGAACAACAUUAAAUAUUACAUUUGAUUUUACAACAUCAUAUGCACAAAAUACACAAUUUGCUGCACAAAUUUUAACAUAUGGUUAUAAUCCAUCAUCAAUGACCAAUUUAGGAAGUGUAUUUGAUCCAACCAAUGUAAAGACAGCAGGAUGUCCAAGUGGAACACCACGUGCAGGUGAUAUUGGUAAUAUUCAAGCAAAUGGUGGUAAUGUUGAAGCACAAACAAUUUCAUUAAACAUUCCAAAUAUUAAAGAUGAUGCCAAUUCAAUUAUUGGUCGUUCAAUUGCAAUCUAUGGUGGUAGUUAUGAUUGUUCAGAUCCAAGUAAAUCAGUAAUUGGUGAUAUGAUUAGUUUUUGUACUAUUGGUGUUGGUAAUAUCGAUUAUUCAUCAUUUGAUAAAUCUAAAUUAACAGGUGUCAACACUGCAUCAUCCUAUUCAAAUUUAGAGAAUGCAAUUGGUUUAGCAGUAGUUUACAAUACUACCAUCACCAAAGGUGAUUACAUUGAAGGUAGAGUUUUAUUCAAAGCACUCAAUUCUUCAUUCAUUCAAGUAUCUGCUAAAGUUUCCGGUUUAUCUUAUCAAGCUCAUGGUUUCCAUGUUCAUCAAUUUGGUGAUGUUUCAUCGGAUAAUGGUACUUCAAUUGGUGGUCAUUUCUUAAAGACUGGUCAAGAACAUUCUCUCCCACCAUCUGGAACUAGACAUUAUGGUGAUUUUGGUAAUUUCUGUGCUUUCUCUCAAGAUAUGAUGGAUACUGGUUACUAUUAUUAUGAGACUGAUCAUGUCACUGCCGCUUUAGUCAUUGGUAGAGGUAUGGCCGUUCAUAACUUUACUGAUAAAGGUAAUAGUGAUGUUGGUGGUUCUCGUUGUGGUCAAGGUGUCAUUGCUUUAAUUCAAGAUGCUGAUUACAGUUUAAAUCUUCCAAUGGAUUGGAAAUGGGAUGUCAUUUGUGCAAAUGGUUCAUACUAUGGUGAUAUGUCAACAAGUAUGAACAGUGAAAGUUAUAACGACAAUGAACCAGGUUCAUCAUCAACUGUUAUUCCAUUCUUUGCUUUAAUUAUUUUCUCAAUUAUCUUUGCUUUGCUUUAA